AUGGAAGAGAACCUUAUCUCUAGCAAGAUCGCAUUCAAUGAAGUUUGCAAACUGGGGAACAUUGUAGUGAAGAGAGGCACUAACAAACGACUCUUGGCGGAGGCAGAGAACAUGCUAUACCUCGAGAAAAACUCCCAAGUCCGUAUCCCUAAGCUAUAUGCGGCAUAUACUAAACCCAAUCCACAUAGCAAAUCUUUCGGCGUCAACUACCUUAUUAUGGAGUACAUCGAGGGUGAAAUGAUGACCGAGGAGAGGUUCAAAACCUUUGAUGACGAGGUGCAAGAGCUCUUUGUUUCGAAACUAGCAGAACAGUUCCGCCUACUCCGCUCCAUCCCAUCCGAAGGAUAUUAUGGUCGUGUCUACAAGCAACCCUUCCAUGCUAGACUCCCAAUAUUCCGCACCAACCACCUAGACCCUUCGGGCCCCUAUAACAGCUUCGACGAGGUCUUUCAAGCCAUGUACACCAGCGUGCAAAUGCGCUGCGCAGAACAGCCACGAGACGAGCUCCACCCCAUCGAAAUCUCCUAUAUAGAGCGCUUUUACGAGAUGGUGCCGCGUGCCAAGGGCACCGAACCUGUCCUUACUCUUAUGGAUUGCUCCUUUGAUAACCUAAUCGCUAAACCAAUUGAGGAUAACGCGGGGAAGAUUGUGGAUUGGAAGAUGACGUUCAUCGAUAUCGAUAUGUUUGGAUGGCUUCCAGCCUUUUUGCAGGUCUACUGCGCAAAGCUGUUUUACUUAUACGACGACGAGACGGGCAAGACAUUCAACCGGAGGCUGGCUGCUGGUAUCAGCGAGGAAGAUUAUUCGACUGAGGUUGACUUUCUGUUGAGAUGGACGGUCAUUGCCACGGUAGUUUCCGAAUUGUGUAGGCUCGCGUAUUUCCGUGCAAAUGCUGAUUGUUGUUGCCGUUCCACCUAUGUUCUGUCUUGCUGA